AUGAUUUGUCCAAAGAUUCAAAAAGAUAUUGUAAUUGCUUGCAAGAUUGAAACAAUUAAGGGCAUCAUAAAGAAACUAAAUGGUGAUUAUUUUUCCUUAUUGGUUGAUAAAUCUUUUGAUGUUUCACGCAAGGAGCAAAUGACUGUUGUUUUACAAUAUGUUGAUAGAAGAGGAUUUGUGAUGGAGAGACUUCUUGACAUUGUUCAUGUUAAAAAUACUAGUGCUUUAUCUCUAAAAGAAGCAAUUUUCAAUUUACUUUCUCAAUAUUCCUUGAGUCUAUCUUAUGUGCGUGGACAAUGUUAUGAUGAAGCAAGUAAUAUGCAAGGUGAUAUCAAUGGCCUUACGAUGUUGAUUAAGAAAGAAAGUAGAUCGGCUUAUUCCAUACAUUGUUUUGCUCAUCAACUUCAAUUAACUCUUGUUGGUGUUUCUAAAAGAUGUCUUCAAGUUGAAGAACUUGUUCAUUUGGUUUCAAAUAUUUUUAAUGUUUUGGUGGCUUCUUAUAAACGUAUGGAUGAUUAUCGAGAAUCUCAAAAAAAAAAUCAAGAAGCUUUUGAUAUGGGUGAGCUUAAAAUGGGUAGAGGCUUGCACCAACAAGUUGGUAUUUCUAGAGAUUGCGAUACUCUUUGGGGAUCUCACUUCAAAUCUUUUAAUUGGUUUAUUCUCAAGUUUGGUACAUUUAUGGAUAUUUUUGAUAAUAUUGUUGAAACUGCACAUUCUAUGGAUGAAAAGAUCCAGGGCAACAGAAUAUAUCAGAAUUGCUCAAACUUAUGA